GACCAAUCACAGGCGCUGUUCCAGUUCCUAUAAGAAUGGCAGCUAGAGUGGGGUAGUUGGUACCGGAGAAUGAGAAAGAAACUAGCACCAAACCUUACAAUAUCACACUGGACCUGUCAGUCCUUUAGUUGUUAUUUGAAUUUCCUCGUUCAUCCAGGUGUGUUAUAGUAGGAAAUAAAAUGGCCACAUCAGCCAGCGCCUCCCUCAGCAAAGCUGUCAAGCAGCAGUACAUGCAGCUCCCUCAGGGGGACAAAGUCCAGGCCAUGUAUAUUUGGGUGGAUGGCACCGGAGAGGGUCUCAGAUGCAAAACAAGGACACUGGAUUCUGAACCCAAAAGCAUUGAAGAUCUCCCCGAGUGGAACUUCGAUGGCUCCAGCACCUACCAGGCUGAGGGAUCCAACAGUGACAUGUAUCUAAUUCCUUCUGCCAUGUUCCGUGAUCCAUUCCGCAAAGACCCUAACAAGCUUGUACUGUGUGAAGUACUGAAGUACAAUCGUAAACCAACAGAAACCAACCUCAGAGUCACAUGUAAUAAGGUGAUGGAAAUGGUGAAGGACCAGCAUCCUUGGUUUGGCAUGGAGCAGGAGUACACUAUUUUGGGCACAGAUGGACACCCAUUUGGAUGGCCAUCAAAUGGUUUCCCUGGACCCCAAGGUCCAUACUACUGUGGUGUGGGAGCUGAUAAAGCCUAUGGCAGAGACAUCGUGGAGGCCCAUUACAAAGCCUGCUUGUACGCUGGAGUUAAGAUUUGUGGCACAAAUGCAGAAGUGAUGCCUGCUCAGUGGGAGUUUCAAGUUGGCCCAUGUGAAGGAAUCGAAAUGGGCGAUCACCUGUGGGCGUCACGUUUCAUUCUCCACCGUGUAUGUGAAGACUUUGGUGUUAUUGCCUCAUUCGACCCUAAGCCAAUCCCUGGUAACUGGAAUGGGGCAGGUUGCCAUACAAACUUCAGCACUAAAGAAAUGAGGGAAGAUGGUGGAUUGAAAGCUAUUGAAGAGUCCAUUGAGAAGCUUGGCAAAAGGCACCGCUAUCACAUCCGUGCCUAUGACCCCAAAGGGGGGCUUGACAAUGCCCGCCGUCUUACUGGCCACCACGAAACCUCAAACAUCGACGAAUUCUCUGCAGGUGUGGCCAACCGUGGUGCCAGCAUCCGCAUUCCCCGCAGUGUGGGUCAGGACAAGAAGGGCUACUUCGAGGACCGCCGCCCAUCGGCCAACUGCGACCCGUAUGGUGUAACUGAAGCCCUCAUCCGUACCUGUUUGCUGAACGAAGAAGGAGAUGAGCCUGCGGAUUACUAGAUUCUCUACUUCUGGGUUGACUCUCACUGCCCCCUUGACUUUAUCUUUACUUUUAAACUAGUACUGUAUUUUUUUUUUAAAUCCCCUCUUCUACUUGAGAGUUUUUAACCUGCAUUUUAAUGGCUUAAAGUUGGCUGGUCAACUUAAUAUAAGGCACGGCAAUUGUGAUCCUUGGUAGUGAUAAGCUGGUUAAUAGCAGGGUACGUCUUUCCCCUCCAUUCUGAAGGGAUUGGCUUUUGUAACACUGUUUUGUAACCCAUGUCAGCUUUCCCUUUGUCUGUUAAAAACUAAGGCACAUGGACACUGAGGAGUAAAGCUGCAGAGAGGGCAGCUGGUCGAACCUGAUAGAUCUCACUAGUUCAUGUACUGGUAAUAUGUUGACUUGCCUUUCAACUUUUCAGUCUUCGGUGUUACUAAUUCAUUUGAUAUCUACAAAGUGUCUAUUUUUAAAUGGCAGUGCUCCAUGUCAUCCAGUUAAUUUCGAGACUGUAGGUACACACCUGUGUCGACGUUUCUACCCAGACAUAUGUUGUUAAAAUGUGGUGGAUUUGUCCAUAAUGCCAUUUGUAGAUUUCCUCAAGGAGUUUUAUCCUUUGUUAACUGCAAUAUUGUAAUACACCUGAUUUGGUUGAAAAUAACAAGUUUACUGAACCGGGUGUUUUUUAUUGAUGCAUUUAAAACAUAUUUUUAUCACAACAUGGCUGUAUGACUCAUGACUUAAAAGCAAAAGAUUAAAACAAUAGGUCAACAUUU